UCUGCUCCUUAUCAGUCUUCAAGUACAUGCACACAUUAGUAUUUCUAGUAUUGUUUUAAUAUAUUGCGUCUAUGUUAUGCAUAAGAUGGUCCAGAAAAUCAUCUCACUUCUCUUCUCACUUUGUACGGCACUUGGACGAGAUGGAGCCAUCGUAAGAGAUGGAGAACAGGAUCAUGUACUGGAUCGUCGCCUUCUGUUAAAUGACCCCAGACAAUUCUGAGUCAGUUAGAACACAUGCAGAGAGAGAUGAAUUUGUUAAAAUCCCAGGUCGAUCCAUUGCAGAAUAAGAUACAAAGUCUGGAAUCAUUAGUAUCAACACAACAGACCAAUAUCCAGUCUCUACAAAGUCAAGUAAACAAAUCUCCUGACCAAGAAUCCAUGACAACAUACACGGUUUGGGGAAGAAAGAAUUGCCCGCAAAUAAACGGAACAACCACGGUUUAUUCAGGAAUAAGUGCGGGUGCACAAUACAACCAUGGAGGUGGGGGAUCAAAUACGCUGUGCCUUACACAUAAUCCUGAUCACGCACCCUCUAAUUUUCCUACUAGCAAGGAAGGAUAUGCACAAUUAUUUGGAAGCGAAUACCAGUUCACAUAUAAGAACUAUGCUCUAGAUGAUGACGUGCCUUGUGCAGUAUGUCUUGUGGAUCAUUCCAGUGUUAUUCUAAUGAUUGCAUCUAAAACAACAUGUCCCAGUGGCUGGAACGUGCAAUAUCGCGGGUUUUUGACGUCACAGAGCACCACGGAUGGAAGAUCACCAUCAGAGUAUUUAUGUCUCCAUGACAACGCAGAAUACUUGACAGAAGGGGCUCGGCAGCAUAAUCUGAAUGGCCGCUUAUUUUACCCAGUGAUGGCUAUAUGUGGCUCACUGCCUUGUCCUCCUUACACUAAUUCACAGUAUAUUACAUGUGUUGUAUGUUCCAAGUAGAUUUAUAACCAA